CACACAGACACAGAGCGACACACAGACAAGCACACGCACACGCAGCUCCUGUAGCUCGGAACAUGUUCAAUUACAGAGUAACGGUGGCCACCGGGACCUCAAAAUAUUCGGGAACCAACAACUACAUUUACAUCACGCUGGUGGGCGAGAGGGGCGAGAGUCGCAGGGUCAACCUGGACCGGCCAUUCUGUAACGACUUGGAGAGAGGAUCGGUCGGGGAGUAUGAGGUGGGCAGCGAGGUCGACCUUGGGGCUGUGCUGCUGGUCAAGUUGGACAAGGAGAAGUUUCUGGGGCUGGAGGACGACUGGUUCUGUCUGUAUGUGACGGUAACGACCCCCGGGGGAGACACACGGCACUUCCCUUGUUACCGCUGGCUCAGCGAGGAGGCCAGGGUCCACAUCAGAGAGGGUCCGGCAGUGAGGCUGUGUGACGAGCGGUUGCCUGUACUUCUAAACCAUCGGAGGGAAGAGUUACAGGAGAGACAGUCACUGUACAGGUGGAGACUGUGGAAUUACUCCACUCCUAAGUGCAUUGACGCGGACACUGAGGAUGACCUGCCUCUGGACGUCAAGUUUGACCAGGCCAAGGAGCACGACUUUGAGACCUCUCUACACAGAGCGCUGGGGGAAUUGUACCUGAAGAAGCUGGUGGUAAAGAUGGAUGCCUCCUGGGACAGUCUGCAGGAUUUCGAGCGCAUUUUCUGGAGAGUGAAGAGUCCCAUUGGAGUGUUCGUCAGGGAAAACUGGCAAGACGACUGUUUUUUUGCCUACCAGUUCCUGAAUGGAUGUAAUCCCUGCAUGAUCCAGAAAUGUUGGGAGAUCCCGAAAAAAUUCCCUGUAACUGACGAAAUGGUCCGCGAUUUACUGCCAGGAACCACACUGCAGCAGGAGAUAAAGAAGGGGAAUAUUUUCCUGGUGGAUUACGAGUUGCUGGAGGGAGUUCCUGCCAACGUGAUUCAGGGGAAACAGCAAUUCCUAGCGGCUCCCAUCUGUCUCCUGUACCAGCCUCCAUCCUCCCCCCUCAUCCCCAUCGCCAUCCAGCUGAGCCAGACCCCAGGCUGUCACAGCCCUAUUUUCCUGCCCUCUGACGGGAGCUACGAUUGGCUGUUGGCCAAGUUGUGGGUGAGGAGCUCGGAUUUCCAAGUCCAUCAAAUCAUCAAUCACCUGUGUUGGGCUCACCUGGUGGGCGAGGUCUUCUGCAUCGCCACCUUGAGGCAGCUGCCGGCAGUGCACCCCAUCUACAAGCUCCUCACCCCGAACACCAGAUUCACACUGGAGAUUAAUAUGCGAGGCAGGACUGAGCUAUUGUCUGAGUCUGGAAUCAUUACGAAAGUGGUGGCUUCGGGGGGGCCAGGGAUGGUCAUGUUUGGCCAGAGAGGCUUCCGGGCUCUGACCUACAGAUCACUGUGCUUCCCAGAGAACAUUGAGGAGCGCGGAGUGGGCUCACUCAGAGACUAUUAUUACCGAGACGAUGGGCUGCUUAUCUGGGCUGCCAUACGCAAGUACGUGGAGAGUGUUUUGGGGCUGUACUAUCUCACUGACCAGGAUGUGGUGAAUGAUGAGGAACUACAAGCCUGGCUCACAGACGUGGUGGAGGAGGGUUUCCAGGAGCUGCCAGAUAUAGGAUUCUCGAGGGUUUUCCGGAGCAGAGAGGAGCUGUGGAAGUUCCUCACGAUGGCGAUCUUCACCUGUUCUGCACAGCACUCGGCACUUAACAACGGCCAGUAUGACUGGUGCUGCUGGGUCCCGAACUCCCCCUGUACGAUGCGCCAGCCCCCGCCCUGUGCCAAGGGCUCGGUGACGAUGGAGAAGAUCAUGGCCACUCUCCCUGACGUCAGCCAAUCCUCCAUCCAGAUGGCCUUCACCUGGCACCUGGGCCGGCCCCUCCCUGACAAGAAGCUGCUGGGAUUCUUUGACGAGGAAUAUUUCACUGAGAAGGAGGUGAUCAAAGUGAUCCAGGAAUUCCGGGAAGAGCUGAACCGGAUCGACCGGCUGAUCGUGAAGCGGAACAAGGGGCUUCCCAUCAAAUACGAGUAUCUGCGGCCCAAACAGAUCGCCAGCAGCAUCAACGUGUGAGCGAGCGGGCGCCCAGCUCUGUGUGGCAGGGGCAGAGCCGUGUG